GAAUUACGGAAGAAUUACGAUCGAUACGCAUCAGAUCACCGAAAUCAAAAUUGACUCGUUUGCGGCCAUCCCCGUCUCAAUUCCCACCUGAAUCUCAAACCCUAAUUCCCCAUUUCAUCAGAAUCUCUCUCUCUCUCUCUCUCUGCAUCUAAUUGAAGUCACGAGAUCCAUCACACACACACAUUUCGUAUCUAACAUUAGUCUAAACCCUCCCAUGUCCGAACACCUAAACACACACAAUACACACAAUCACUCCAAUGGCAGCUGACAAGAAAUGGCUCUUCACUCUCUUCAUCACCGCCUUUCUCUCUCUAAUUCUCCUUCUCUCUAUACUCUCAAGCUUCUCCUCUCACACCCCUUACCCUUUGAUUCUCCGGCGAGGCCUCAAUUACCCACCUGCUUUCGCUUACUACAUCUCCGGGAGCUCUGGCGAUGCGGACCGGGUUUUUCGGUUGCUUCUGGCGGUGUAUCAUCCUAGAAACAGGUAUUUGUUGCACUUGGGGAGUGAAAGUUCGGAUUUUGAGAGGAGGAAGUUGGGGUAUUUGGUGAGGAGGGUUGGUGUGAUGAGGGCUUUUGGGAAUGUGGAUGUUGUGGGGAAACCCGAUGCGAUGACGUAUAUGGGGUCGUCGAAUAUUGCUGCCAUUUUGAGGGGGGCGUCGAUUUUGUUGAAGGUGGAUGGUGGGUGGAGUUGGUUUGUGUAUUUGACGGCAUUGGAUUAUCCGCUGCUUACGCAAGAUGAUUUAUCAAAUGUAUUCUCCUCUGUCAGAAGAGAUCUCAACUUCAUCGAUCAUACCAAUGACCUGGGAUGGAAAGAGGGUCAAAGGAUCCGGCCAAUUGUUGUUGAUCCAGGGUUGUACUUGGCUAGGAGAGUUCAGAUUUUCCAUGCCACUGAAAAACGAAAAAUGCCAGAUGCUUUCAAAGUUUUCACAGGUUCUCCAUGGGUCACCUUGAGCAGGUCUUUCUUAGAAUAUUGUGUUCUUGGAUGGGAUAAUCUUCCUCGAACCCUUCUGAUGUUUUCUACGAAUGUGGUUUUGUCCCAAGAAGUGUAUUUUCAUUCAGUCAUCUGCAACUCACCUGAAUUCAGGAACACAACGGUCAAUAGUGACCUAAGAUACAUGGUGUGGGACGAUCCCCCGAAGAUGGAGCCUGUGUAUUUAAAUAUCUCGGAUUAUAAGCAGAUGGUUGAAAGUGGAGCUGCUUUUGCAAGACAAUUUACAAAAGAUGAGGCAGUGCUGGACAUGAUUGACAAGAAUAUUCUGAACCGUGGAAGUAACAGAGUCACCCCAGGGGCAUGGUGCACUGGCCGUAGUAGCUGGUUCAGUGAUCCGUGUUCACAAUGGGGUGAUGUUAAUAUUUUGAAGCCGGAAAUCCAUGCUACAAAGUUCAAGGAGUCUAUAGAAAACCUACUUGAUGACUUGGAAUCACAGUCCAAUCAAUGCAUAAUACAACAGAGCAAGUAAAAACAGAUUAGGACGAUGCUGCUUGCUGUUACCAUUUAGACACACAUGAGCAAUGUCCAUUUUUUGGUCUUCACUCACAUUUUUUUGGCCGGGAGUUCAUCUAAAAACAGACUUCUUCAUUGUUUAUAUCCACACAUGGAAAUAGUAUGUCAAAGUGAACACAGAUCGGAUGCUUCGCCAAGUCUACCAUAGAUCAGAUGUUUGAGAUCAGAUAUUCAUCAAAACUCUUCAGUUUAUAAGAAGCUUCUCUCCCUUUGUACUCCGGUUGUAUAUUAAGUCUCAUCUGUGUGCAGUGUUGUAUAAUUGAGGAGGCUUCAGUUCAGUUUUGAAUACUGGUCUGAUCUGUCGAUCUGAAUCGUUUAUUAAAAGAAAAUUAGAUGAGCCAUUUUCCGGGACAGUUCA